AUGUAUAAGAAGAGCCGGAGGACUCACAGCUUCCUAUUGCUUGUGCCCGGCUCCGACCGUUCAAGCAAGAACGAACCAUUUUUGUGGCUCGAGAAGCCUCUGCUCUUUCCUCACCUCUUUUUUCUGGUGGAGGAUCUAGACAAAACCAGAGAGGGUGUACGGUAUGAAGCGGAAAAUCUAAAUCUUUCGACUUCUCCACGCCCCUACCCUACAGAUCUGGCCUGUGCCAUCCUUGAGGAGACCGAGUCGGAAAGUGAGUCGCCAAACGAACCCGUCACUCCCAUUAGCGGCAGGCAGUCCCGAGAAUUUACAGCCGUCCGCACCCAAGACAACUCCGACACCGAGCCAAGCGCCGGCACCUCCGAGCUAUCCACUUCCAAUUCCUCCGCGAGAAUCGCCGCGAAACGACCCCUCGUCAUCGAUACCGACAUCAAGCCCAAUUCACCCCCGCAGACCGCCGGAAGGCUCUCGAGCCAUCCUUCAGCUCUUAAACUCUCUGGUUCCGUCGAAGGAAGCCCUCUUCCUAGGCGCUCAACAUUCUCCUCUACUACCAGCAGCAUAAGGCGAUCUUUUUCUUUUUUCCGGCGGACAGGCAAGGAUUCCGAGCCCCAGAGCGUCGGGACGUCCGAUACGAGCCUCAGCACACGCGCCGAGGCAGACCCCAGGCCAAUCCCGCUGCAAAAGUCGCCGUCCACUGCUCGUUUCAAUACUCCGCCUUCUCCAGGCUCGCCUCCUCUCGAGAUGGUCUUCUCUUCGCGUGACCAUGCCGCGAACGGCAGCGCCCAGAAUGGAAGCGCCUCCACAACAGAUGAUUUGAAGAAGAAGAACCGCGCGUCGACCGGUCUUGGCAUUAGGGGACGAGCUGUUAACUUUGUCAAUGCGAACGUACCCGGUCGCGACAAGGACAAAGACAAGGAUAAGAAGCGGAUGAAGAGAAGAGCUAAUAGCUUUAACGGCCGCAAGGAUACACUGGCCUUGACACCCGCUGCUGUGAAUCCCGAGUCGCCCUUCGUCCCCGCCGAGAGGCUUCCCUGGCCUUAUCCCCCCGAUCAGGGUACCGGCGCUAAGGCGCGCCGCAUGAGUUUGAGCCUCCCCGAUGAUUUUACCGUCGACGUUGCCGAAUUACUUUCCGAGUUCGAGUACCAGCGGAAAUUCCUCGGCCGUCACGGAAAGCAUCUCGGCAAGGGCGCCACGUGCAAGGUUACACUGAUGACGCGGAAGGGUUCACCGGGCGAGCUUUACGCCGUCAAGGAAUUCCGUGGCAAGUCGGGCCGCGAGUCCCCUGAAGAAUACGAGAAGAAGAUCAAGUCCGAGUACAGUAUUGCGAAGAGCCUACACCACCCGAAUAUCGUCGAGACGAUUCGCCUCUGCACCGAUCGCGGUCGAUGGAACCACGUCAUGGAAUACUGCGCUGAGGGUGAUCUCUUUGGCCUCGUCGAGAAGGGCUACCUCAAGCAGGAGGCGCGCAUGAUGGACCGGAAUUGUUUGUUCAAGCAGCUCGUUCAGGGAGUCAACUACUUGCACUCCAACGGCAUCGCUCACCGAGAUAUCAAGCUGGAGAAUCUCCUCAUCACCAAGGACAGCAAGCUCAAGAUUACUGAUUUUGGCGUGUCUGAGGUGUUUUCUGGAAUCCACCCCGGUCUGCGUGAGGCUGGCGGCGUGUGUGGCAAGAACAUGGGCGAGGUGCGUCUUUGUGCUCCAGGCAUUUGUGGCAGCGAGCCGUACAUCGCGCCCGAAGUCCUCGCUAAGAGGGAGGCCUAUGACCCUCGCGCUCUCGACGUCUGGAGCUCCGCAAUCAUCAUGAUCAACCUCAUCUUCGGCGGCAACCUCUGGGGUAAGGCAUCCCCCAAGGAUCCGAGCUACAUGCCACUCGUCAAGGGAUGGGAGGACUGGGAGGGCAAGCAACGGGAGCCCGACGCACUUCCGGACGACUCCGAUUACCCUCAUGUGCUGGCCUUUGACAGAUUUGUCAAGCCUCCCGCGCUUCGACGUCUCCUUCUCCGAAUGCUGAACCCAAAUCCCAACAAACGAAUCAGCAUGGCUGAUGUCGUGGCCCACCGCUGGGUGAGGAACGUUGAAUGUUGUCAGCUGGAGUCGUACGAAGACCCCACGCCAAUUGACGUUUCGAAGAAGGAUGCCCUCAAGACUGGCUCGCGAAAGAUUUACAUUCACAAUCACUUGCCACCCCCACCCAUCACAGGCGCGCCUUCAAUUGGUGUCAUGCCUGGAAAGCCUGGCUACUAA